CACUCUUAUCCACCUUUUACCCUGACGCACGUCCUGCGCCAGGUGAAAUUUACACGCAACAUGACCGACUAUGCGGCUGCAACCGCCUUUCUCGGAGAAUGGGGACGUUUCCAGCAGGAGGUGUUUUUCCUCCUCUGUAUGAGUAUCGUCCCCAACGGAUUCACCGCCCUGUCCAUCGUCUUCCUCGCGGACACGCCGCCACACCAGUGCGUCGUCCCGGCGCACGCGAACCUAAGUGCAGCGUGGAGGAACAGCAGCAUCCCGCUCGAGGAGGACAGUCACAGCGGCGCGGUCAUGCCCAGCAAGUGCUCGAGAUACAACGUGAAAGAUGUGCUGGGUUACUCGAACAGAGGCCUGCUACCUGGAGAUGAUGUUAACCUGACUCACGUGUCGACGGAAGGCUGCUUGGACGGAUGGGAGUACGACCGGAGCGUCUAUGUGUCUACUAUCAUAUCAGAGUGGGACCUGGUGUGUGAUGACAGGUGGAAGAACCCAUUCACCUCCUCCAUCUUCUUCGGUGGAGUUCUCACUGGAUCACUUGUCUCAGGACAACUCUCGGACAGAUAUGGGAGAAAAAUUGUGCUGUUUGCUGCCACUGGUGUCAUGACUGUGGCCACAUUCCUUCUGGCUUUCUCGCAAUCCUGGGUCAUGUUCUGUGCCAUCUAUUUCAUUGUUGGAACUGGCUCCAUCUCCAGAUAUGUAUCCACGUUUGUCCUGGGAGCAGAGAUUUUAGGUCCACGUGUUCGGACCAUUUUCUCUACUGCAGGUGUGAGCAUUUUCUUUGCUGUGGGCUACAUGCUGUUGCCACUGUCGGCCUUCUUUGUCAGAGACUGGAGGAUGCUUCUAAUCGGGCUCACCCUGCCUAGUUUACUCUGUGUUCCUCUCUGGUGGUUCAUCCCAGAGUCUCCUCGGUGGCUGCUCUCCCAGGGAAGAGUGGAGGAGGCCGAGGCCAUCAUAAGAAAUGCUGCUAAAAAGAACAAAAUUGAACCUCCAUCAGUCAUCUUUAGUCCACAGCAGAAAGAACUUCAGCUCAACCAGAAGAAGGCCCACAACAUCUGUGACCUGCUCCGCUCUCCAAACAUCCGCUGGCUCUCUGUCACGCUGUGGCUGGUCUGGAACACAGUAACCAUCGGCUACUUUGCCCUUUCUCUGAAUACUGCGAACCUUCACGGCAACGCAUACUUCAACUGUUUCCUGUCUGCCCUGGUGGAGAUACCGGCCUACAUUUUGUCCUGGAUUAUGUUUCGCUGGUGUUCGAGGCGACUAAGUCUUUCCUCAACACUUUUUUUGGGAGGAUUGUUUCUACUCCUCAUACAGCUCGUACCAGCAAAUCUGAUUUUUCUAGCCAUAUCACUGGAGAUGCUGGGGAAGUUCGCCGUGACAACAGCAUUUGCUAUCGUGUAUGCAUACACAGCAGAAGUCUACCCAACUGUUCUGAGGAAUACAGCUUUGGGCACCUGCUCCAUGGCCUCCAGAAUAGGCAGCAUCAUUGCUCCAUACUUCAUUUAUUUAAGAAGCUACUCUGUUUCACUGCCUUACAUCCUCAUGGGAAGUCUGACAGCUCUGGUUGGGUUGCUGAGUCUCCUGCUGCCUGAGACUCGAGGAAUGCCUCUGCCUGACACCAUCACUCACAUGCAGCGUUUCCCUGGAUGCUGUCAGAAGAAACCUUACACACUCACCCAGGUGAGUGAAGAAAAGGAAAACCCAGCUGAAAGGAAGUCUCUGGUUGUCUAAUGACGAUCUAAUAUCCUGUUACGA